AUGGGUUGCCUUCAGGGUACAGCUGUGAAUCAUCCAGAAAAAUCAACUCUACCCCAGCCAACUCUAACUGGGACCAAAGAUAUUCCAAACUUCCUCAAUUUAUCAAAGCCUGCACCUCAAGCUCCGGCCCCAGCACCCGCUCCUGUUCCUGUUCCUGUCCACAUCCCAUCACCAAACACCCCCAGUCCAGAUCCAGAAGAUCCCAAAACCUUCAAGCAAAAGGAGCCAAAAACUGACGAGCAAUACCUUAACAUCAUAAUCUCAAAGCUCCAAGAAUUCUUUAUCCCUAUCCUCAGCUUAAAUAACCUCCAAAAUGAGCUUGAAGCAUUAGCAGGCAUCACUUAUAGCUCCCUCAAAGACCUCAAGAAAAAAUUAAAAUAUACACAAAACCUGAUUAAGAAUCCUUAUGGAGAGUUCGAGUUUGCCAGCUGGGUCCAUGAAGAUGGAGGCCAAGGAUGGGCAAUAGAAGAGACUGGGUGCUAUAAGCACAAUAAUAAAGUUUUUGCCUCAUCGUUUGAGUGGUGUCACCUGUCACAAGUAAUAGAAAUCCCGAAAAAGGAACAUAAACGAAUACUUGUGAUAGGAAGCCCAGUGACAAGAAAGGCAGAGUCUGGGGCAGAGGCUGAAGCGAAAGUGACACUUAAGCUUAAAAAUAAGGACGGGGAAAACGAGCAAGUAAAAGUAAUGGAUUGUCCUUAUGGAGAACCAGUUGAUGAUAUUGUUUGCCCAUGGGUUACUAUUUCUUUGCAGAUAGAAAUUCAGCCUAAUAUUGCAUACACUGCUGAAGCCAUUUUCAGCGGAAAGGAUAAGGUGUAUUGGGGUGGAAAUUUUGGGGCUAGGUUUGGCCAUUGCUUUGCCUUUUUAAUUGAUGCUUAG